AUGUGUCGGGUCCUUCUGGUGCUUCUCAUCACUGUUUCUAGCAGACAGCUAACAUUCUCUGCCACCAUUGAUGACUUACAUCGUCUACGUCAUCAUCUAUUCUCCAACUACACCUCAGAUGUAAGGCCGUUACCGAACCAGUCACAACCUCUUGUCAUAGAUGUCGAUUUCCAGUUCAUAAGGAUCCAUCAUAUUGACAAUACACAAAAGGAGUUCUCCAUCCGGGGAAUACUGUCCCUUGCUUGGAAGGACGAGUUCCUCUCCUGGAAAUCAGCUGAAUUUGGAGGUUUGAGACACUAUCACCCGAAGAAGGGGGAGAUUUGGACUCCAAGCUUUAUCAAUGGAGACGGUGUUGGAAACCAAGAUGUUAUGGAGACAAUAACAAGGCGUGUGUUGUACAAAAACGGAUCAGUUGUGGUUCGUGUUCCUGGGUAUUUCUCAACCUUCUGUAACUUUGACAUGACGUAUUUCCCGUUUGACAGUCAGACUUGUAACAUUCGUCUGAACUCCUUAGAUUAUUUUGCUGAAGAACUGGAAUUCCGCCCUGUUACAAAACAAGUGACGACCAUUGGACAUUAUAACAUACAUGCUGAAUGGACUUUGGUCUGGGCUACGAUGGCAAAUGGUCAAAUCACGAAUGCCACGCAUAGCUACAACAGACUUAGCAUCAUAUUCCUGGUUGCCAGAAAGCCUUUAUUUGCCAUUUUAAACAUCGUCAUCCCCAUCGUCACCAUCUCCGUCCUCAGCAUGAUGGUGUUCCUUGUACCCGUGGAGUCUGGGGAGAAGUUGUCCUUCUCCCUAUCGACAUUGUUGUCACUGGCAGUCUUCAUGAGCUUCAUCAGUGAACAGGUGCCUGCAUCGUCAGAAAAAACACCACUUCUAGUCAUCUACUUGACAUCGAUGGUUCUGUUAAAUGCUCUGUCAGUCGCCAGUACUGUUCUCGUCUUGCUGUGCUAUUACAGAGGCUCUGUUGACAAGGAAGCCUGGGCAUAUAACAGUUCAUCCAACACGAAUACGACUGAUGAUGUGGUGGCGAAACCUUCAUUUGAAAAACUCAAUCCUUUGAUUUGCUUUGGGAAGAAUAAGAAAUAUAUGCCAGCCAGCCGUGUCGUGAACCACACGCUGCUUCUGCUGUUUAUGGGAGUUGUGAUUGGAAUUACUAUUGGUAUCAUGGCCAGAAUGACAAAUAACACCUGA